AGGGGAAAGGCGGAGAAAUCUGAUGCGCACAAGUUUCACUUUUGUUUUUUUGCCUUCAUGUGGACAUUUAGGGGAAAACAGAGGAGCUCGUUCUCAUUCCAAAACCUGGUGAGAAUUUUUUUUAUGGGUCGGAGCACACUAUAAGAUGUGAUAUACGCAUUUAAAGUGUGUAAAAGUGAUAAUAAAGGUAAAUAAACCGGUUUAUUUUGAUAAUCGAGAUUGUUAUUAUGCAAAAAAGGGGGCUGGAUUUACGAGGAACCGCUCCGUUUCCUGUAAAAGUCGCUCAACAAGGCAACGAUUUUACUUUCGGUUUGGUCCCCCCACCCCCCAUACACAAACACCCCCUUGUCCUGCAUUCUGUCCCUUUCUCCGUCGUCCUACUCCAAGCCUAUAUUCAUUCGUUGGACACCAAAACCAGUCAUGGAAGAGACCAAACACCUAAUUCCACUGCAGCCACCGAAGAUUGCGAUUCUGAAACGAUGUCGCUCUGCCUUUUGCCAAGUGCUGCAAGAGAAAUUUGGUUGUACAGCUCAGAUCCACAAUGUGGAGGAUGAUUCACUUUCACCUUUUUUAACCAGCAAAGCAUCUAUUGUGUCUGAAAUAAAGUACAGCAAACAACUGGCUAGGCAGCUUAAAGUAUCAGUGUGGAAAGGUGAUCUUACUAAUCAUAAGGUCGAUGCUGUGGUAAAUCCAGCAAAUGAAAAUUUAAGUCAUGGAGGAGGACUUGCCCAAGCUCUGAGUUCAGCUGGAGGUCAUAUGAUCCAGAAAUGUAGUAAUGAUAUCAUAAAACACCUGGGUAAAAUUCCCACAGGUGAAGUUGUUGCAACACCAGCUGGAGACCUCCCUUGUAAAAUGAUCAUACAUGCCGUUGGACCCUGUGUAUCUAGAAGUCCCUCAAAGGCCGAACUUGACAGUGCAUCACAUCUGUUACACAAUACUAUUUGGAACAUCCUGAUAAAAGUUGACUAUGAAAGACUGGAGUCUGUUGCAAUCCCUGCAAUAAGCUCAGGCCUUUUCAACUUUCCACUUCCAAAAUGUGCCGAAGUCAUCGUGAAGGCCUUGAAGUUGUACAGCGAGAAGCGCAACCUAGCAGCCCGGAACCUCGAAGUGCGUCUGGUGAACAUUGACGAUCCCUCAGUUCAGCAUAUGGAGAGAGCUUGCCUGCAAUUUCUGGGUCCAAGUGACACAAAGCCAAAACAAAAUCAGGGCAAUUCAUCAACCCAGUCUUCAAUCGCUAGUCUGAAUCUGGGGAACGUGACUCUUCACCUCAAAAAGGGAGCCAUUGAGAAUGAGAGAACAGACGUGAUCGUGAACACAAUAGGCGCUGAUCUUCAGUUAUCAAGCGGGCAAGUUUCAGCAGCUCUACUGAAUAAAGCCGGCCGGAGGAUUCAAGAGGAAAUACGAACCUUGAAAUAUGGAUAUAUUUCUGAGGGAGACAUCCUUGAAACUUCUGGACAUAACCUGGACUGUAAGGAGGUGUACCACACGGUCUGUGGGUCAAAUAGGGCACUGGCAAUAUGGUGCAAAAGAGCUAUUAUUCUUUACUCUGUGGUCACAAAUUGCCUUGAAAUGGCAAGCAGUAAAAGCUAUUCAUCCAUGUCUUUUCCUGCUCUCGGGACGGGCAACCUUGGCCUUGACAAGGAUGAAGUUUCUCAAAUUAUGACCGACGCAGUAGUGGAAUUUUCUAAAAACUAUAAGGGCUCAAAAAUGCUCAUUUUUUUCGUCAUUUUUCCAAAGGACACUCAGACCUUGAAGGCUUUUGAGAAGAAAAUAAUUUCUACUAAGGGAAGACUUGAACGCGAGCAGCACCAAUAUCCCAGUACUGGCACUGUCACUGUGUUUGGACCCUUGGCCUUCUCUGCUCCAGGCUUCCUAACACACUUAGGUUCAGGAUUUCAGGACAGUCAGGACGUUACAACCGAACCAUGCAUUGAGCUCUUUGCCUCUUCCAAAACCGCAAUGAGGGAGGCCAAGCGCUGGUGUUAUGACAUGCUGCAUUUGUCCUCCAGCAGUCAGUGCAAAACAAUCUACAAUAAUCAUGUGGUCUAUCUGAGCCAGGAGGAUCAUGAAAAGCUGAUGACUCUUCAGCGUUCACUUGAGGUCAUCAUCACAGAAUUCAUUAAGGAAGGCAAAGGAGGGGUUAUCAUCAACGGCGAUCCUCACGGGAUCCUUUGUGCUGCUUUGGAAGUGGAAGCCAUGUUGUGUAAGGCCCAAGAAGACUUCGCUCGAGACGAAGAGAGAUACAUGUGGGCCGAUUUGGAGCAAAUGUUUCCAGCAGACGAGAUCGAGAUGAUGUCAAACAGGUUGUAUAAGAAGACAGCGAUAGAUCUCAAUAUGAAAGACCCUGAAGUAAAACAAAGGGUAAAAACCUUUGAAAGAUUUGGCCUGACUAUUGAGAAGAUGGAAAAAAUCGAGAACUAUGCCCUGAAUCAGCUCUUUGAAUUGAACAGCAAACGUAUAAAACCUUAUCACAAGCCUCUGUACCAGCGUGUAAAUGCGCAGUUCUGUGAUCUGAUCUGCAGAGUGGGCUUCCAGAGGGAAUAUGCACCACCAAAAGAACAAGCCUGUGGAGCUGGAAUAUACUUCACUACUGAAGCAGACGAAGCAUUUACGCUGUGGGAGGACAACGGAGAAGAGUACAUCUACUUCAUUGAAGCUCAGGUGCUCACUGGUAAACAGACUUCUGGUUCAACAGACCUGAUUGUGCCUCCUCCAAAUGGAACAGACCCACUGGUUCGUUACGACAGUGUGACGAACAAGAAGGGCAUCCAUGUUAUCUUCAACGGCCAACAUGCCUAUCCCGAGCGCAUUAUUACAUGCACUGAAAAGAAAUCUUUCAUUUAAGCAGCAGUUUCUAGUUUUGUUCUACAGAAACCCUGCUUUUUCCCACUACGGCAUUUUGUGUUGACGUUAAAAUAAGAUUUUAGAUUGGAUUCAUUGUUCAGAGUUAAUUCAAAAUCUCAAAAAUAAAACCCAAGCUUGCUUUAUCUGUUAGUAUACAGGCGGAAAUGUAAAAAGUGUGGAAACACCUGGUCUGGUUUUUGAGAGACACGUGCAUGUUCCUUUUGUUUCUAUGCAAAAGAUUUACCAAGUGAAUUUAUUAUUUAUAUUAUUUGAUAUGUCCAGAUGUUCCACUUUAUUUUGAUUGAAAAAUCCUCUCAGCAUGAAGAACAGCAUUACACGCUCUCGGCAUCCGGACAGUUAAUUUAAUCAAACAUUCAACUGAAAUGCUUCGCCUUCUUCACUAGGUGAAGACUUCUUCUUGUGAUCCAGUUCAUCCCAGAGCAGUUCAAUAGGAUUUAGGUGCAGCGGCUGGGCAGGUCAUUGCAUUCAAGAUAACACACACGACGACUGUUUGCUCUCUGAACAACUCUUUACAGCCCUAUUGUCUGGAGCCGCAGUCCAAACUGAAUUGCAUGGUGAAGUAUGAAAUGGUUGCCAUGUUGGUUCCUUUCACCUGGAACAAGUCUUCAAUCUUCCCUGCUCCAAAACAGCCCCAAACCAUUACGCUUUCGCCUCCAUUUUUGACUUACAUAAGAUCUUUGGUUAGAGCCAAACAAUUCAACAGAACUUUCUUCCCCUUGUUUACUGUAAUUUUUUAGUUUUUGCCUUUUACCUUAAAAAAAGGAACGUGCACGUGUAUCAGACUCUUUUGACACGCACUGUAUUUAAAACCGGUAUAUAAUUCAGUCAACUUAAUUGUAAUUAAAUAUUAAUUUUAAUUGAGUUUAAUUAUAGUAAUAUUAUUAUUAUCAAAAAAAAAAAAGAAAGAAAGAACAUCUUGAUGUGUAUAUAUAUUAUCAGGCUGAACCUUGCUGAUGAUCCUGAUCCUUUUUGUGGUACUCAGAGUUUUGCUUCUGUUUCUGGUUUCCACAGAUCUAGGAGUAGUUAAAACAUUUUCUGAUCAUAUUUCUUGUGUUUAAAGUGAAUUACGAUAUAUAUGUAUAUAUAAUAUACAGAAUACCUAAUCUGUCCAUCGUAUCCACCUUCUAAAAGUGUACUUACGCAUUCGUGAUUUGUUUUUGUUUUAUAAUGGGUUUUUCCCCCUUAGACUCAUCUUCAUAUUGUUGAAUGGCAAAUGUAAUAGAAAUAAUUGAUCAAUAUAGACAGUAGAUUUUAUUACUGGCAGGAUAAAAUGUGUUAUUUUAUAGAACGGCGUCCAUUCGCGAAGCUAUAAGACGUGAAUUUCAUGACCAUGAGAAUGAUUCUGCUGGUUUGGUGAAGUGUGGGGUGUUUUUCCGGUCUGUCCUUUGAUCACAGCAAUAAAGUCUACUCCAUAAAACUA